ACUUCAGGGAGCUCCAUUUGAAGGCUAGGAUCCCUGCUCUGUUCAAACUUGUAUAACAGGCAAAAGGGUAGUAUCAGAAUCAAGAGCUUAGAGAGCAUGUAUUAAAUGAAAUGCCAGCAAUAGAUAGAUGGAAUUUACCACAGGGACUGGGUGGGAACAUACUAGUCAAAACAGCAGUCUGUGUUCUUAAUUGAAUGCUUCCUUAAUUGCUGUGAUACAUAAAAAAAAAAAAAUAGUUAAAAGACUCAUAGUAAAGAAAGUUUGAAGAAUGACUUAGAAGAAUGAAGCAGCAUAAUGGAUGCUUGAACUACUUUCAGAUAUGAGAAGAAGUAGGAGAUAGCAUGAAAGUAUUUGAUCAUUUCAGAAAGUGGAGAUGGUGGCAAGUGCUGUAGUCAUCUAGAAGUGGAAAUACCCCUUUGCAUCCUGCGAUGGGAACAGCAAAAAAAAUUGAAGCCUAAUUGAAGCCAUGUGACUUGUGUUUGGUAUGAAAAAUAAUGUGAGGAAAAGUGGAUGUGGCCAAAACAAGUCAGGUAAGUUGGCUUUGUAGCACCUCUCUGAAAGAAUACAAACUGGAAAGAUGGCACAGCCAAAUAAAUUGUUUUUAGUAGCUGGAAGGUGACGUAGUUGAGCAGGAAACUUAGUUCUGUGUGCCAAAAAUAAUAGAAAGUUACAGUUUUAGCAUUGUGUGAUCCAGAUGGAUUAUUUGAAGGUGUAACCUCCUCUUACAUUGUUUCUGUGUUUCAGGUAAUAUAGUGGUAUUGUUUAUGAUAAUUAAGAAAAGGAGGCAAAGGGAGAAUUUGUGGAAGUGGUAUUCUUUAGUCUUCUUGAGCUGACAGCUAGGUAUCCAUGAGAAGCCACCAAGGGCACAUGUCAAGGCUUUGAUUAAGAAAAGAGACAAGUCUGUAGUCAAUGUUCUCUCUCAUCAAGUUCUUGUAUGUAUUCUCCUGUUAAAAUUAGACCAAUCUCAUUUUCUUUGUGUAACUGCAAAUAUGCAGAAACCUUUUCCAGAAUAUUAGAUUAAUGCAACUUGUUAGCUAAAAUCAGGGAAGCUUCAAAGCGUAAAACCUGCAAGAAAAUUAAAUUCAGUCUUGCAAUUAAGUCAAAGUUAAUUAUUUCCUUUAUAGUCCUUAUGCUAAAGUAAUAAAAACAAACAAACAACCUGAAACCAACCCCUCAAGCCCUCAACAAACAAAAAACCUCACCUCACCUUUUAUACUAAAUUGCAGUCUUCCUCACCUUGAAAGAGCUUGUUAAAACAUGUAUAUUCAAUUUCUUACCAAAAAGCUCCAUGUUCCCUUUACAUGUUGAAUUACAGGACAGAAGUUUCUCUGGAUUGCUACUAGUGGAAGAUGGGAGGAAGUACCGAAUCAGCUUUAGAACCUCAUGGCUUUGGGUUUUUCCAACUUGAUUGUUGCUGUUGGCAAACUUCUGUACAGUUGUGAGGUGAACAAGAAUUUUAAAUUUUUUUAAUUAGCAAUAUUUGUUUGUAUUUCUUAGCCUGGGAUAUUUUUUCCCCGUUUCCUAAUACCUUGUUUUCACAUUUAUUUUGAGUGCUCCACAUCUUGGACUGGCUAUUGAGGCUGGCAUUUCAUGAUUCCCCAAACCUCCUCUACCAUCUUCAAGGUGCUGAAUAAGAUCUUACAUUUUCUGCCUCCCACAUUCAGAUUGUUUUCCCCAGUGAUAUUUUUCAGUAUUUAAAUAAGUGAGUGUUUUACUGACAGUCAGAGUUCACUGCCUACUACCAGCUUCCACGCGAAGUACUGCAUUUUAAAAAUUGUUCCUAUUUAUCUAAAACAAAUGUUAUUUGCAGUGGGACUCCCUGUUGUGUUUUCCCCUCUUUUUCCUCAUGAGGGGCCUAAAAUAUCUUUCUGUAGUUUGCUUUAUCAAGAGGAUUGUAACCUGUCAUCUGUGUUCACUCUAUAUCAACAGCAUAAAACAGUAGAACAAAUUCUGUUAAAAGACAUUUUGUAUAAUAUAUGUUGGAACUUGCUGGCAGAAAGAACCUGCCAAGUCCAGGAGUAUUGAUGGUUCAAAAAAGGAAAUAGUAGUCCUCUCUGCUUCUCACAAACUGUCACUCAGUAGACUGGAUAAUGUUUAUUUAAUGGCAUUCUUUUAUAUUUCAGAAGAGAAAUGGUUGAUCUCUAGCGCAAGUUGUAAUAUCCACCAGUGUGCCAAUUUGUUACCCAUAUUCAAAUGGAUGCAUAGAAAAAUUCACACUUAGAAAUAUUUUUGCAGUUUUGUGCUGAAAUUGCUGCUACAGAUAAAAGAUUUAUUUUUAAGUGAAAGCUGGGAUAGACUGAUGCUGUACAGUGCUGAAUGACCACCAGCUGCUUCAAAACCGAUGAAGAACAAUUUCCAGCUAUAAGGGGUAAGGUGUGACAUUUGAAUUUGUGCAUGGAGGGAAUUCUUAACUCUGGCAUCGAGGAAGCUAUAUAGAAGAUAACCUGAUGAGUCCCAGCUGCUUCCUUGUCUGCUCUGACAGAUGCCUUUGGACUUUGGCUUGUAAACAUGAGAGGGUUUUGUAAACUGGUCCUUUGUCACUUUUGCCUGAGAUAACUGAGACUUCUGAAAACCUCUUGAAGAUAGCUGAAUUCUUGGAGACUUCUGUCAGAAAAGCAAAAGUUUGGGAUUUGAAGCCAAACUGGACUGUGUAUGUUACUGCCUGCUUGUUAGGCUAUUGUGAAUAGUUUCUCAAAGCACUCAAAAUUAUUUUAAAUCUCUCUUUUUUUUUUUUUUUUUUUUUUUUUAUGCUUGCUGGGGUUUCUUUCUUACCUACCUUUACCUGCAGCUUUCUCCUCCCCACCCCGCACCCCCAGCACUUCGGCUUGUAGGUGGGGUCUUCUCCGCUCCACAAACGGGCUGUGCCCGUCCCCGGUCCCCGACGGGGCGGUGUGAAAUCACCGCGACUUGGGCAGUGGGUAGCGCCCUCCCGCUGUCGCCCCCGGAGCCGGGGGUGCGCCCCUCCUCGUUCGGGGGGAGCAGUGGGCCGGGCCGGGGGAGGGCCCGGCAGAGGCGGUACCGGCACCGGCAGCCUCGCCCCCCUACCCCGCGCCGGCGGACACGGGACCGGCCGGGUCGGGGGUGCCUGUGUCGCGGUCCCUGCGGCAGCUGGCGAGCGAUGGGGGUGAAGAGUCUAAGCGUCCUCAGGCUCGGCGUCCUGCUCCUGGCCGCCGCCUCGGGGCAUGCGGAGCCCCCGCCGAGCUGCGAGGGCGUUCGGAAAGUUUUCCAGCUGCGGCAGCUCGGCCCCCUGAGAGGCAUCCCGGAGUCCCCGCGGGCAGGGGCUGAUCUCCAGGUUUGUACUUCUAAAAAACUGACAUGCUGUACUAAGAAGAUGGAAGAAAGAUAUCAGACUGCAGCAAAGCAAGAUAUACAGCAAGUGCUUCAAACAUCAAGCGCUACAUUAAAAUUUUUAAUAUCUCAUAAUGCAGCUGCUUUUCAAGAAACCUUUGAAACACUUAUCAGACUGGCUGAGAAUUACACAAGCACAAUUUUCUGCAAUGCAUAUAGAAACAUGGCUGCCGAGGCUACCACAUGUGUUCAGGAGUUUUUCACAGACGUUGGGCUCUUCGUGUUUGGCAUGGAUGUUAGCACAGAGGAAUUUGUCAACAGAUUUUUUGACACCCUGUUCCCGGUAGUCUACAACCAUGUGAUUAACCCUGGUCUGUCUGACAUUUCACUGGAAUAUGCCGAGUGCCUUCGAAUGGUGAGAAGAGACAUCAGGCCCUUUGGUAACAUUCCCAAAAAGGCCAUAGUACAAAUGGGAAGAUCACUGUUACCCAGCCGGAAUUUCUUGGAGGCUCUUAAUUUGGGGAUUGAAGUGAUCAAUACGACAGAUCAUCUGCAUUUCUCUAAAGACUGUGGCAGAGCUUUGCUGAGAAUGCAAUACUGUCCCCACUGCCAAGGCCUGACUUUAAGUAAGCCUUGUAUGGGCUACUGCCUCAACGUCAUCCGAGGCUGCUUAGCCAGCGUGGCAGAAGUUGAUCUGCAUUGGCGGGGAUAUAUUCAGGCCCUGGAGGAGCUCUCAGGUGCCAUGAGUGGAACAUAUGACAUUGAACACGUCCUUCUAAACUUUCAUUCACUUGUUGAUGAUGCUCUCCUACAGGCUCGCGUCAAUGGACCGGAAGUAAAUGAACAGGUGAAGAAGGUAUGUGGUCCUCCUGUAAGGAAGCCUACACAGUCUCCAGGUUGCUCCUUCGAUCAGAACAAAGAUAAUAAAGGGUUGAAAAUGUUCUCAAGAGACAGUGAAGAAACCCUUGCGGACAGAAGAAAAGAAUUUAUCAGCCACCUCCGGCUGUACAGAGCCUUUUACGGUGGCCUGGCCGAUCAGCUGUGCGGUAAUGAAUUGGCAGCUGCCGAUGGACACCCGUGUUGGAAUGGAGAAGAUGUUGUCAGAAGCUAUACUCAUCGUGUGGUUGGCAGUGGAAUCAAAGCUCAGUCUGCAAAUCCAGAAGUAAGAGUGAAGGGAACAGAUCCUGUAAUAAGUCAAAGUAUUGACAAGCUGAAACAUGUUGUUCAGCUGUUACGGGGUAAAUCAUUUCCUAAAUAUGAUAAAUGGGAACUCCGACAAACAGGCAGUGGUGGAGGUGUGGAUGAACAAAUCAGUGGAGAUUGUGAUGAUGAAGAUGGCUGUGGAUCAGGAAGUGAAGAAGUUAAGAGAGUCCUGAAAAUUACAGACUCAGGGAUGCCAGACAAGACGAACCUCAGUGACGUAAAGCAAAUCCAUCAAACCAAGGAUGGCAGCACUUUAGACACAACUGGAGCAGGAUGUACAACAGUGGCUGAUUACAUGACAUUUAUGCUGAUUAGUUUGGAUUCCGUCCAGUAUGUCCAUGUUUCUCUUGUCCUUUGGAGCCCAGAUCUGGAUACAGCACUGUAGAUGUGGUCUGAUUAGUGCUCAACAGAGCAGGAAGAUCACCUCCUUCAACCUGCUGGCAAUGUUUUUCCUAAUUCAGACCAAGGUGCUGUUGGUUGUCUCUGCUGCCAGAGCACAUUGCUGGCUUAUGUUCAACUUGGUGUACAACUGGAUCUCCCGGGUCCUUCUCUACAAAACUGUUUUCCACCUAGUCAGGACAAGCAUGCUCUGGUACAUGGGGUUAUUCCUGCCCAGAUGCAGGAGUUGGCGUUUCCUUUUUUUGAACUUCAUGAGGUUCCUAUCCAGCCAUUUCUUCAGCCUGCCAGAGUCCCUCUGAAUGGCAGAACAACUAUCUAGUGCAUCAGACGCUCCUCCCAUUUUUGCACCUUCUGUGAGAACUUGCUGAGGGUGUACUUGCAUUGUCCAGGUCAUUAAUAAAGAAGUCAAACAGUAUUAACUGCUGGGGUAAACCAUGGUCUCCAUGUGCAAUUUGUGCUGUUAUUCACAACCCUACAUACAACUGAUAGCAACUGAUGAAAGAGUUGCUCAGCACUUUAUGAGUUUUGUGUUUAAAGUCCUGCCUUCUGGGACAUGAUCCCUGUAAAACAGAAAAUGUUGAAUUUUCCCUUCUCUCUUUCUCCAAAAAGAAAAACAAACAAAUGAACAAACAAAAAUUUAAAUAAAAUAAAAAUAAAAACAAACAAAAAAAGCACAACCACACAGUGCAAAGUCAGCAAAUUUUAGUAGGAAUUACUUGUCAUAGUUCAGAAAAACUACACAUUAAAUACAGUAUAUGUAUACACAAUUAUACAUACAACUGCAUUUUAUCCAGAGAUAAAUUCAAGGUUAGGAUUCAGUAAUUAGUUGAGAUAUCUCAAUCUAUAUGUCUACAUACAGAUAUUUACAUAUGUGCUAUUUAUCUACUGUGUAUGUGUUACAUAUGUAAGCUGUCACUGCAAUCAAUGGAAAUACAAGAUAACAUUCAGCUGCUAAAAGACCAGUAAAAAGUGCCAGUUGAGAUGCUGUAAAAAACCCACUUGGUGUCCAGCUACUGCUCUGAAGGGGCCAAGGUCUGUCGGUGUGCAAGUGACCUGAGCUCUUUGUCAAUACAGUUAAUAAAACUCAGUGAGUUAUUCAGCUCAUAUGAAGAAAGACAUCUAAAAAAAUGACCACAUUAACCAAAAGUAAGUGUCUGAUGCCACCUAAGAUUUCUUGGAGUAUCCGAGACAUCCUCAUGGGACUAGCAUACAUGGCGUGGGACUUAUGGGAAAUUCCAGAGGCUUCCUUUAAUAAGAGCCAUCCAGAGUGGCAGCUGGUAGCUAAGUAGGGUAUCUUUGUGUAUCUCGAAUGGAUCUAAACAUGGAUAAGUGAGCCCAUGAAUUAUAUGCAAGGCCUCCAUCAGUAAUAUUAGGAAGUUAAACAUCUAGUGAAGUGGUGACACAUGAACGCAAAUCUGAAUCACAACUUAAAAACCAGCCCAAGUUCUCAUGCUUUAUACAAUGAGGUAAGCUAAAGUGUUCCACACUACUAAUGGUAUAUCAUUAUGGUAUAUUAUUAUUAUUAUAAGAUUUUAUUAUCCUGCCAGGACUAAUUCCCAUGUAAUUUUAAGCAGAAAUUAUUUAAGAAUAUUUUGUAGUUAUUUAUCCUUUGUAGUCUUUUACAAGAGGGGAAGAAAAACAUUGUGCAGUAUUGUAUUCAUUCAUACUGUACCUAGAACUCUUCUUAGACUGCAAUAAAUAAUCUUAUAUGAGACUAAUACAAGGAAA